AAGAACCACGACCCGUGCUCGCUAUGCCCACUACCACUUCACUCCUCCCACCAGCCGCCGCCACUCCAAGCUGCUCGAGAACCAGGACGAGAUCUUGGCCGGCGGCCAUGGCGGAGGCCGCAAGAGCAGGAGCGACGCCUCCCCACCGCGGCCUCCCGGAUGAGAUCUUCAUCUGGGAGAUCCUCGUCCGCCUGCCCCCCAAAUCCCUCCUCCGCUGCCGCGCCGUCUGCCGCGGCUGGCGCAGCGCCACCUACACACGGGGCUUCCUCCUCGCCCACCACGCCCGCCAGCCAACCCUCCCCAUCCUCUACUGCUACAAGCUCAGCGACGACGAGGACGAGGCCGAGUGCCUGGACAUCAUCCCCUUCGAUCACCGGGCAGGGCUCCCCGCCGCCGAGCAGAUCCAGUCCGCCGCGCGACUUGCUCAAGCCUCCCACCUCUUUCUGGAGGCCUCCUGUGACGGCCUCCUCGUCGUCUCCGGAGGCAGCGCGCAAUUCGCUAUCUGCAACCCGGUGACUCGUCAGGUAAUGUGAGGUGAUGCCAGACCAGAGGUUGUGAACAGAUUUCUCCACUGCCUGAAGGUAAUCCAGUUAUCAUAAGAAGGUCGAUCUUAUUUCUUCUAACAUGUCUGCUAUAUGGAUCUUGGAGCUGCAGGCAGAUGCACACAUCUCAGUUCAAAGCAUGUUUGUAAGCCAAAAUUAUACCUAACGAUAUAAUCUACACAAACCUAAUGCUCAGGCAUAAAUACUAAACAAUCAAUGGCUUAGUAGUUGAUGGUGAAAGUACAUUACAAGUUGAAGUUUCUGGUUCCAACAAAUCCCAGCUAUUGGUUUCCGUCAGCCAAUAGUUUAUUAUCGUAUUAACCAAGGUUUGUGCUUCACUUAUGGAGGUCGCCGGUAGAAACUAUUUGUGCAUAGAAGUAUCUUUCAAGCUAAUAACAUUUUAAUUUAGGUCCCAUUUUCAUCCAUCACUACACAUUUUAAUUUCUGUGUGCAGGAACAAAAAUACCUUGAUGACGAUGCUCGGUGCAGAAGAAGUUAUCAUCAUCUAGGUUGACAUUGACAUACCGUCCAUCCAAAUCCUUGUCAAGAUGAGUGCAAGCAGUUCAGACAGAAGCUAGGAGACAGGAAAGACAAUACAUGUGGUCAGUCAUAGUAACUAUGACGUAGCAGCCCUUACUAUGUAUUUAAUCACAGUUUGAACUUCCAGAUUGCACACUGACAAUGAUUACCUUCCCCGGAACCUGACAGUAUCAGUAUUUGUAUCUAUGAAAAGCAUGGGUGCUCCAUCUCCAUAUCCAUGAUGUUCUCUGGUAGAGUUACUUCUUCAUACCUGCAAGAAGCAACACUUUUGGACAACCAUGUACUGUAUUUUGAAGAUGAAGAGAAAAAAUAA